CGAGUGAGUACAGUUUCACAGUUCCUUUUUGAAUUUACCGACUCUUUCCAAAAUCGCAUCAUUCCCGGGUUUUCUGCUUUCUCAAGAAUUGAAUAAGAACUGUUUUCAAAUAUGGAACACUCAAACCAAGUUAGAGAUCUCAGCAAAUUAAGAAUAGUAAAAAACCUGAUUGUGUUAUCUGCUUCAUAUUUGUUGAUUUCCAUUGCUUAUGAAGGGCUUCUCCUUUUACAAACCACGAUGAAUAAAGAAAAGGGAAUAGGAACAGUUUCUGCGGCAGUUAAUUACAUCUUCUAUGGGAUAUCAUCAUUAUUAUUCUCUAAUUUAAUUAUCAAGAAAUGUGGUGCCAAAAACGCUCAGUUAUUAGGCGCUAUAUUGUAUUUACCUUUUAUUGCAUCUAAUUUAUAUCCGACUUGGUUUACCAUGAUACCAUCAGCAAUAUUAAGAGGGAUUGGCUGUAAUCUGGUCCUGACAGCACAGGCUAUAUAUAUCAAUGAAUCGUCUAUCCUCUUUUGUAAAACAGAGAAGGACAGUAAUGCAUCAAAAUGUAUUUCCAAUAUAGAGACACAAAAUAAGGAUUCCGGAUAUGACAAAGUGAUUAAGACAUUAAAGUCAGAUCAACAAAAAAUUGAAGAACUCUCAGAUAAUCAUCUAGUCAAUAAAACUGAUGGCAAGACAUCAGGGAGAAACUCCAAGUGCUUUACAGGUGCUUUACCAAUCACACUUACUGCUUACAGAGGCAGGAUUAACAGUCUAACUGAAAACAACUGCAUUUCGAAAGAAAUGAAUACAAAUACAACAACAGCGGUAAUCAAUGGCCAAAAGCUGAUAAUAGUUCAUGAUUCUGGAUUUUCCAAGAAGUCAGUCAAUGUUUCGGAUGAGAGAAAAGAAAAACUGUUUCUGGAACCAUUUACGGAGAAUAUUAAUGUAAGUCAACAGACAUGUCAAUCUUAUGUUAAUUCAACUAAAGCUUUCUUCUUCGGCAUCUAUGGUUUGCUUUAUUUUACAGCCUUUAUUUGGAGCAACUUAAUCACUCAUUAUGUGUUCAAAACAAAUGAAAUAGAAAAUUACAAUAAGACUUCAAGCUGCUCAUGUGGAGCAGGAUUUUGUAGUACGAAUCAUGAUUGCCUCAGUAACAGCAUUGAAGAAGUGUCCGAUCCUACAAGACAUUUAUUAACAAGCUUAUUUGUAGCAUGCGCAGUUUUAGCUGUUUUUCCGAUUUUCCUUUUAGACCGAAUAGAUAGAGACAGAAGACAUCUGCCAAUGUCGUGGGAUCACAUCUGGGCUACUUUUAAGAGCAUGAAAGACAAAAAUCAUCUUCUUUUAAUGCCCUUUACUAUUUCUACUACAAUCAGCAGAGGAUAUUAUAUGGCUGAUUUUACAAAGUCUUAUAUCGCUUGUGCCUGGAGUCUAUCCCAAGUUGGAUUGAUCACAGUCAUCUACGGAGUAGCCUCUUCUUUAUCAGCUAUAUUUUCUAGUGUGUUGAUCAAAUAUAUAGGAAGAAGAUGUGUCAUAAUUUUAUGUCAGAUCAUCAACAUGGCAAAUUUUGUUUUUCUGUUUAUGUGGACCCCCAACGCACAAGAGACAUAUCUGUUUUACCUACAAGGAUGUAUUUUUGGCAUUAUUGCUGGAAUAUAUUAUUCUCAAACUAGAGCAUUUUACGGCAUUCUUUUCGAAGGCGAUGAAGCAACAGCUUACUCAGCUUGUAAUCUGUUCUUUUCAAUUGGAUGGGCCUUACCAUUCAUCUACAACGAUUUAUUUUGCAAUUCAGUGAAAAUAUAUAUACUUCUUGCAUUUUCCUCCAUAGGAUUGCUAGGAUAUUUACUUUCUGAAAGAAGUUACAGCUUGAAAAAAAGACAGAUGGUUUCAUCCAAAUGA